CUCCCUCCUACCUCUCUCUCACACAGAAAUUAAGAAAUACCCAUAAAAACAGCAAUAGCAAGUUUGCAUUUGGAAUUCCUUCGGUUCGGAAUUACUCGUCCCCUCUCUCCCUCUUCUUGGCUUUACGCUUGAUAAUCGAAAACCUAAAGCUCACGCCAACGGCCCUUUUCUCACUUCCUCAUCUCCUCCAUCACUUGACCUUUUCUCGCCUUUCGUCUCGGCGAUCUCUAUGCGUCGGUCCAUAGAGCCACUCGCCGUCGGGAAGGUGAUCGGAGAUGUUCUCGACAUGUUCUCUCCGACCCUCGAAUUCACCGUUCAUUACGGAUCCAAACAAGUCGCCAAUGGCUGCGAGAUCAAGCCUUCUGCUGCAGCUAAUAAGCCCAAAGUUCAACUCUCUGGUUCUCGUCUCUCUAACAAUCUCUACACUCUUGUGAUGACCGAUCCUGAUGCUCCAAGUCCCAGUGAACCCACGAUGAGGGAAUGGCUCCAUUGGAUCGUAGUAGAUAUUGCAGAAGGUUCAGAUGCCACGAAAGGGAAAGAGCUGGUGAGUUACAUGGGACCUCGGCCUCCGACCGGCAUUCACCGAUACGUCUUCACACUGUUUCAGCAGAAGGGACCCAUAACGGAGGAGACUCGACCGCCAGAUGCCCGUGGCAGUUUCAACACCCGCAAUUUCGCCGCACAAAACGGGCUGGGCCUCCCGGUGGCUGCUGUGUAUUUUAAUGCCCAGAAGGAGCCAGCGACCAGGAAACGCUGACUGACCUGUUUCACUCGAUCAUAUACGUACAUAAUUUAGUCGUUUCGCUUGUUUGUUUUGUUUGUCUGUCUCACUUGCUUGCUUAGGUUAGCUUAAGUCGCUGUUUGGUUCUUGACAUUUUUAUUUAUGCUUUUAUAAAUUUAUAUACCGUUGUUUGGAUACACGACUCCGACUAGCCUUGGAAUUGCAGAAGAUAGGAGCUAGGAGAUAGCAUAGCAGGAAUGUGUUUGGUCAUAGGCCUUGGUUGGAAUAUAGAUACAUAAAACCAAAGUUACAUGGAAGUUC